UAUAAAGCAGCCUCACAACGCACACGCGCGUCGCACCGGAGGCGGAGGCGCUAGGGUUAGCUCCGAGGUGAUUCACUUCUGAGGAUCCUGUCUUUACAAUUUAUAGGACAAGGGACAUUGAAGAUUUGUUGAGCCGGAGCAAAGAUGGUUCUCAAGACAGAGCUGUGCCGUUUUAGUGGUGCCAAGAUCUACCCUGGGAAGGGUAUCCGAUUUAUCCGUGCAGAUUCACAGGUGUUCCUUUUUGCGAACUCGAAGUGCAAGCGCUACUUCCAUAACCGUCUGAAGCCAGCCAAGCUCACAUGGACAGCCAUGUACAGGAAGCAGCACAAGAAGGACAUUCACGCUGAAGCUGUCAGGAAGAGACGCCGCACCACCAAGAAGCCAUACUCCAGGUCAAUUGUUGGUGCCACCCUUGAAGUCAUCCAGAAGAAGAGAAGUGAGAAGCCAGAGGUUCGCGAUGCAGCUAGGGAAGCUGCCCUUCGUGAGAUCAAGGAACGUAUCAAGAAGACUAAGGACGAGAAGAAAGCUAAGAAGGCCGAGGUGGCAAAAUCUCAGAAGACUGCUGGGAAAGGCAACGCCCCGAAGACAGGGAAAGGCCCAAAGCUUGGCGGAGGUGGUGGCAAGCGGUAGGUGCUCAUGUUGUCAUCGUUGGUGUGAUUUGAGGCUUUGAAAAAAAAAAAGAUCAAAUGUUAUGUAUCCAGGAAGAAAAUUUUGCACCGCCUGUCGUUUUAGAACUAUAUAGUUGGUACUAUAUAGUUGGUGAACUAUCUGUAGCAUGUUUCGCAUCUUUAUUACUUGUUUGCCAAAAGUUCCAACUUCUUAGUCCUAACAAAACUUGUGUGUUAUGUUCUACAA